GGGGUUGGAUGCAAAUACCCCAGGAUUGUGAAUGACUUGUCUGAGUUGGAAGGUUUCCGAUGCUUAAAAUUGGAUUUAUGUGGAAAUUGCAUCAAGGGUCAUGUAGGAGGAGUUCUUUUGAAACCAAACAAGUUACGAAUUUUCCCUUAUAAAAAGGAAAUUGAGACCCGACAACUCACUGGAUCUCACCAUAAGAGGUUUGCAAUGCACAGCAGGUCCUGGCACAGACAGAUGUGUUGUCACGCGUAGGAGUCCAGAACCUUUCUCCAGCUUCUAUAAGCAGCCCCACUCCUCUCCCUCCCCCCACACCUCCUCAGAGCAUCUUUAAUAAGACACAUGCUCCGGGGCUCAGGCUCUCAUUCACACCAAACGCUCCUUGGCGAUCCCCCAACAGGCUGCCUGCCCCACUUCUAGCCUCGCCGAGUCUUCAUGGGUUGAACUGACAGGAGUGCCACACUCUCCUCUCCUCUCCUCCCCCACACACACACACACACACACACACACACACACGCACACCACCGUUAUGGCUUGUGCCCCGGGAAUGUUUGGAUUUGCAGCCGCAGCAGCAUAAUCCUCUACUGAAGGGAGUUGCGGACGCAGCAGCCCGUAGAGAGAGACCGUGAGAGACAGAGAGCGAGUGAGAGAGAGAGAGAGACCCAGUGGACAGAAGCAGCGGAAGGAGGGAAGCAGCAGGGAGGAGCAGCAACAGCAGCAGCGGCGGCAGAGUGAUCCACCUGUCACAGAGUGGAAGGGGCCCCCCGCCUGAUCUGUCUGCCUGCAGGGGGGACCCCGCGUGGCCGAUCAGCACCAGGGACUAUGCAGCUGGGACUGGUGGCUCUGGCGAUGGUCUUUCUCGGAUCCAUGGGUCACAGCGACAGUGGCCUCAAGCUCUCAAAGGGACGGAGGCAGAGACGGAUUAGCACUGAGGGGCCACCAUCUUGCUCAAAUGGCUGUGAGCGAUGUUCCGAAUACAAUGGCUGUAUAAAAUGUAAGCCCAAACUCUUCAUUCUCCUGGAGCGCAACGACAUCCGCCAGAUAGGCGUGUGCCUCGCCUCGUGCCCACAGGGAUACUUCGGCAUGCGGACUCCCGAUACCAACAGAUGCAUUCAAUGUAAAAUAGAGAAUUGUGAGGAGUGUUUCAAUCGAAAUUUUUGCACAAAAUGUAAGGAGGGCUUAUAUUCACACAGAGGGCGAUGCUACCCCAGCUGCCCUGAAGGCCUCAGCACCACCAAUGGGACCAUGGAGUGUGUAGAAUGUGAACUGGGUGAAUGGAGCCCAUGGGGUCCCUGUAUGAAGAAGAACAAGACGUGUGGCUUUAAGAAAGGCACACAGACCAGAAUGCAAGAGCUUCUUCAUGCCUCCAGCACUGACACAGUCUCUGCGUCAUCCCCCCGGCCAUGUGCUCCACAGACUGAGAGACAGAAGUGCACAGUGCAGAAGACACCAUGUGGAAAAGGAGAUGGGAAUAAGAAUAAAGGCGAGCGACGAGACCAGCAGAGGAGGCGAGACAAAGAAAACGUCCGAGGCCAUGGCCACGAGGGCAAAGAGGGUGGCAAAGAGGGUGGCAAGAAGGGUGGCAAAGAGGGAGGAAAAGAAGGAAGCAGAGAGGGGGCAAAGAGGGAGGAAAAGAAGGAAGCAGAGAGGGGGGCAAAGAGGGAGGAAAAGGAGGAAGAGAGGGUGGCAAGGGAGGCGGCAGGAGGAAAAAGGGCCAAAACCAGGCCACCUCCGCGCCCAGCCUUACCCCUAGCACUGUAGUCUAGGCCUUACUCACGUUGGGACUUAGUGGGGACAAGGAGGGACAAAAACAAGGCGACUAGGCAACACCCACCUGCAUUGGCCAUUAUUAAGAGACAGACAGUGGACAGAGGAGACAAUAUCAAACUGAUGAAGAAAAGGAUUAAUGCUGCUAUGCAUUCUAGAAGAUGCUCUAAGAGAACUGGAGGAUUGCUGCAAUAAAUGAGGAUCAGGACUUGGACUUAUCAGACUUGGAGGGAAGAGGGUGAAUGUGCAAUGUGGAGGGUUCCACUGUAAGCCUUGCAGUAGGGUCAACAUGUUUCAUUUCACCGCUCCCAGGUUUAUCAUGGAGUUGGCAGAUGGAGAUCCCAGUGGCUGAACAGUGGAAGACACUGAAUAUGAAUAUGAGAAUUUCAAGAUGGAGUCUUCACAAUGAUCAAGGAUCUCUACAAUCCAUUAGAAUCCCUGAUGUGCUUUUCAAAAACUAUUUUUCAUUGUUGACGACUCAUGUUUUGUGAAUGGUAGCAAGUAGAUAUUUCUAAGGAGAUGUUGUUGUAAGUGAUAUAGAGAAAAUGAACAGUAUUAAAAUUCUUUAUUUUAAUUCUAUUUUAUGAUUAAACAAAAGAAAGGCACUGGAACAAAUGUGUGGUUUUGAAGGAAAACAUAUUUUAAUGACAUUUUUGGUUUGUAGAGAAUCUACUCCAAAACAAACCAGCAACAAUAUAGAGAAGGUUUAUACAGCUUUAGUUCAAAUCCUGAUCUGGUGUUAGACAAAGGUUACCCACAUAAUAGCUUAGUUCUUAAUUUCAAAUAGAAUGUUUUGCUAUCUUCAGCAUAAAAAGUUUAGGAUUGAAAACUGUGUGUUGUGUAUGUGUGUUGUGAGUAUGUGUGCGUGUGUCUGUGUGUGCAUUCGUGCCUGUCUGUAAUGUUACAGAAUUUCAGCAAAAUGUUUUUGUGAAGUAGUGGUCACACAAGUGUAUGUAUAUUUGAGUGGGUACAUUGUAUGUGUUUCUGCACAUAAGCUUAAUGUGUGUGUGUACGUAUCAAUCUGGUAGAAUGGGAAAUUUUCUAUAAACUCAGCAAAAAAAGAAAUGUCCCUUUUUCAGGACCCUGUCUUUCAAAGAUAAUUCGUAAAAAUACAAAUAACUUCACAGAUCUUCAUUGUAAAG